UCAAGGAAAUCAAUGGCGGCGACGAAGAACGGCAAUGCCAACAAUGCUGGUUCUGGCUUUAUUUCCGUGCGGGUCGUGAGCCGGCGCCUGGUGCGGGCCUCCGACUCCUCCAUGGAGCCACACGUGGCCACCUUCUCCAACCUCGACCUCCUCAACGACAACAUUCAACUAUUCAUCGCAUGCGUCUACAAGCGGCCCAGACGGCCCACCGGCGCCGGCGAGGGCGACUACUACAAGGCCGUCUGCGCCGCCUUCGAGGCCCACCUCCCAUCCUACCUCAACUACAUGUUCCCCUUGGCCGGCCGCAUCAUCCACAACCCAACCUCCGGCCUCCCUGAGCUCCACUGCCGCAACCAAGGUGCGGAGCUCGUCCUUGCCGAAGCCGGCGCGGCGGAGCUGUGGGCCGUGGACUGGAGCCGGCCCAACGAGUCCCUGAAGAAGAUCCCGCUGCCUUUCGCCCAGGAGCUGCCGCUGUCGGUGCAGCUCGUCUCCUUCGCCUGCGGCGGGUUCGCCGUCGUCUGGGGCGUCCACCACCUCGUCGGCGACGGGAGCUUCGGGGCCAUGCUCGUGAACACCUGGUCGGAGCUCGUGCGGACGGGGGCCAUCGGCGCGGCGCGAAUCCCGACGCACGACCGCUCGCUGUCCUUCUUCCGGCCUCGCGACCCGCCGUCGUACGGCGCCGCCGUGGACGGGAUGUUCAGGCGGUGGGACAGCGCCGGCGCCGGCCAUGUAAACGCUCUGACGGCCGAGGAGAGCUUCACCCGCAGGCUCUACUUCGUGCACGAGCGCGACAUAGCCAGGCUGCGCAGGAUGGCUUCAGCGGCCGCCGGGGGGCGGCGUGCGACGACACGAGCCGAAGCGCUGUCGGCGUACCUGUGGAAGCUCCUCGCCGGCGUCGUGGCCAGCUCCGCACGGCUGCUGAGUGAGGCGGCGGCCGGCGAGAAGCGGUGCCGGAUGCUGUGGUUCGUGGACGGGCGGCCGCGGCUAACCUCGUCGCCGGAUCAGGUCCGCCACGCGCUGCGGAACUACGCCGGCAACGUGACCUCCUACGUUCUCGCCGAAGCGUCCGCGGCCACGGUGCUGAGCAAGUCGCUGGCGGAGGUGGCGGCGAUGGCGCGGGACGCCAUCACGGCGCCCAACUACGACGAGCUCUACCAGGACAUGGUGGACUGGGUGGAGCUGCACAAGCCGGCGAGCUUCGUGGAGACGCCGGCCGUCGGGCUCGGCAGCCCCACGCUGGCCCAGACGGUGUGGGCGUCCUACAGAAUCCACACCGAUUUCGGGUUCGGCCACGCCGCGCUUGCGGUGCCGUUGGAUGCCAAGGAAGGAGGCCUGUGCUCCGGUCACCUGUAUGUUAGUAGCUCGAGCCCGGGCACCGGAGACCGGUCGUGGGUCGUUAACGCCUGCAUAUGGCCACGCCUCGCCGCGGCGCUGGAGUCCGACCGGGAGAAAGUCUUUCAGCCACUCGCGGCAGAGCACCUUGGGCUCACGUGUAGUGGUGGUGCCGACUACUUGCGUCAAGACGCCGAAAGACCUCGCCUGUGAGUCUGUGACUUCUUCCCUUGCGCAUCGAGAUCAGGAAACGACAUCGAGAAGAUAGUGUCCAAGUUUAUCCCUUUUUUUUUUUAAGUCUCUUCUCUGUUAGGAGUAGCCUUGAUCUGCAGAUGGGCGUACACGUACAAACUUGGCACCGGCGGCCCUUUGUGACCGUACAUCAGUUGGGUAAGGAAGAGAGGGAGUCAGCCACAAAACACAGUGAU